AUGUCCGACGGUAGAAAAAGACUGUCUGGCUGUGAAUAUAGGAAAAGACGGGCGCUGAAGGAAGAUGACGAUAAGAAGCAAAAGGAUGCACUACAACGAUAUUUCAAGCCAAAGAGAGAACGACCUAGCAGCGACGAGGGUGGAAAAAUAGAUCCUGAAAGUACAGAAGCUAGUGCAGCUACUGCAGCUACAUCUUUAUCUUCAGGACAUGACCAGAAAGUUAACGAACACCGUACCGCGACCACCGCAUACAGUAGCAAUGCUGACGGUGGGCCAUCUACAACAGUUCAACAGACCUCGUCUGGACUCAAGACCUGCUUUGCGACGAAAGCUUCGAGAUUGAACCAUCAGGGAGAACUGAAAUUAGGCGACCGGAUUACGAAAAUACCGGAGGAACAUGAGCCGAGGUACUCACCACCGGAGAGGGGAUUGAAGGCGAGCCUGGGCUUGACUCAGAUCCAGGAAGACGGCCAGAAACUAUUACCGACUUUAGUCAUGAGAGGUCCUCCAGAGUGCAUUAAGGAAGCUGAAGAAUGUCCUAAAAACGCGGACAACCGGCGUUUCAGCCCUGUACACUACAGCUAUUCUUUCAAGAAUUUAGAAGAAGCAGAUAGACACUGGUUGGGGUACUCAAAGAGCAAGGAUGCUGUGUUCUGCUUUUAUUGCAAACUUUUUUCGUCAUCUACAGUAAAAAUUGUAAAGAACGGUAUAAGCGACUGGCGGCAAGGUUGCUUCGUAUCUCGAAAGUCACGAGAAGUCUACCGAGCAUUUGAAUUCACAUAA